AUGACUCUUCCGGGUACGAAAGUGCGAAAUGCAGUAAAAAAUGAUAAGCAAAAUUUAUCAAAACAAAAGAUAAGUGGACCGAUUUCCACUCCAGUUAAAAAAUCCAAAUCAGUACAAAUUAAACAAAAUCAUAGCAGUAGUGGCUCGAGUUCAAGUGAAUCUGAAGACGAUAGUGAAGACGAUAGUGAAGACGAUAGUGAAGACGAUAGUAAUAAGAAAAAGGCUGAUCAUUUGAAGCAAAUUUCAUCAAAACAAAAAACAAAUGGAUCUAUUUAUGCUCCAAUCAAAAAGUCUAAACUAGAAAAUGGCAAAAAUGAAAAUGAUGAGCAAGAUUCAAGCAGUAGUGAUUCGAGUACAACUGAAUCUGAAGACGAUAGUGACGACGAUAGUGAUAAUGAUAGGUCCGAUGAUUUGGAGCAAAAUUUAUCAAAACAAAAGAUAAAUGGCCCGAUUUCUGCUUCAACCAAAAAGCCCAAACCAGAUCAUAAAGAAAAUGGCAAAAAUGAGAAUGAUGGGCAAGAUUUAAGCAAUAGUGACUCGAGUGCAAGUGAAUCAGAAGACGAAGAUAGUGACGACGAUAAUGAUAAGAAUGAGGCCAAUAAUUUGGAUCCAAAUCGAAAAAUAAAUGGACCGAUUUCUGCUCCAACCAAAAAGUCCAAACCAGAUCAUGAAAAUGGCAAAAACGAAAAUGAUGAGCAAGAUUCAAGCAGUAGUGACUCGAGUACAAGUGAAUCAGAAGACGAUAGUGACGACGAUAGUGACGACGAUAGUGAUGAGGCCAAUAAUGUGAAACAAAAUUUAUCAAAACGAAAGAUAAAUGGACCGAUUUCUGCUCCAACUAUAAAGUCCAAACCAGAUCAUGAAAAUGACAAAAAUGAAAAUGACGGGCAAGAUUCAUGCAGUAGUGACUCGAGUACAAGUGAAUCAGAAGACGAUAGUGACGACGAUAGUGAUAAUGAUGAGGCCAAUUACUUGGAACAAAAUUCAUCAAAGCGGAAGAUAAAUGGACCAAUUUCUACUCCAACUAAAAAGUCCAAACCAGACCAUAAAAAUGGCAAAAAUGAUAGACAAGACUCAAGUAGUAGUGAUUCAAGUACAAGUGAAUCUGAAGAAAGCGAUAGUAAUAAGGAAGGGGCCAGUCACUUGGAGCAAAAUCCAUCCAAAAGAAAAGUAGACGAAUCUGUCUCUACACCAGUCAAAAAGCCGGUUAAAAAACCCAAGGUUGAUGACAGCAUGUCUUCAAGUAGCACAGUAUUCGUUGGUCAACUCUCGUACAAUGUUGAUGCUGAUUGGCUAAAGGAUGAGAUGAAAGAUGCUGGAGAAAUAGUCGAUGUACGCAUAAUUUAUGACAAAACAACUGGAUCGUCGAAAGGGUAUGGAUAUAUAGAAUUUACUAAUCCCGAAGCAGCACAGAAUGCGUUAAAGUUCACGGGAAAAGAAAUUGAUGGCAGGUCUAUUCGUGUUGACCUUGCUAUCCCAAAAAAUGCAAGAAAUGGUACAAAUGUUACUGGCCCAAAAAGCGAGGUCAGUGAUACCCUCUGGGUCGGUAAUUUGUCUUUUAAUGCUACGGAAAAAAAAAUUCGUGAUAUUUUCAGUCGUUAUGGGCAAAUUAUAGCAGUCAGGCUCCCGACCGUUAUUGGUCGUCGUAUUCGGCUCGAUUUUUCUCCAAGCAGACAAACCAAUGACAAAAUGGUGGGCGCGGAUUCGGAUUCAGAGGUGGUCGUGGCGGUCGUGGCGGACGUGGCGGACGUGGUGGACGUGGUGGACGUGGUGGAUGGGGUGGGCGUGGCGGGCGUGGCGGAAAUAGCUAUGCAGCCGCAAACCGAGGAGCAAUUGUCCCUGCGCAAGGAAAAAAGAUAA